UGUCAUUGAGACAGAUAUGAAGUCCUCUUUGAUCUUGGGAAGUGCUCUGUUUUUGGCACUAGCGGCCACAAAUGUCGUUCAGGCGCGCAAAGACCCUUGCAAAGAUAGCACAGCAAGGGAAGUAGUGGUGAAAGCAGCGAAAGUGCAAAAGCCGCUAUUUUUUGCGUCGCCGGACGCAAUCAACAGAGCUGCGGCAGCACGCGAAGGAAUUGGAAGAUUGUCCGCGAGCACCGGAGCACUUAGCACCAGCAGUACCAGCAGUAGUAGCAGCAGCUCUUCAAGUUCCUUUUCUUCUCUCGGUUUUCUUGGAGGACAGCUCGGCGAGAGCAAUGCAAAUGCUCUUUUACCUUUCAGCACCACUUCGGGUAAAUUGACUUCCGAUUGUGGGUGCAAUAAAAAAUCUGGAUCUCUACAGCUUGCUGAUUUGUUGUCUUCUGAGACUCAGGGACAAAUUGUACCUACCUUUGCACCAAUUGGUGAUCUAUGCUAUCCGAACAGUCCUUCUGGAGGAAAAAAAAGCAAAUUCGAACUGACUACUUCCACCAAAGUAACACCAGCAUAUCCCGGCAAACCCAGAGUCGUUCCUUCUAAAGCUGUUUCCCAAGAGAUUUGCGUGAACACGGUCAACGGACAAAUUGAUCGAGCUGGAUUGCAAAAACUCGGCCUAUCAACGUCCAGCGGUAGUAAUUUAUCAGUUAAUAGACUCGGAGGUGCGCAAUGGACAAGACAAUUCGGUAGUUCGAGCACUUUGAACGGCGUAGAUAGUGUAUUCGGUCAAUCUUGGAACAAACAUCAAGGAAAUAUUAACUCAGGCAGUCUCGGAUCAUUUGGUUUGAGUAACAGUCGCACAGGAGGGUCACAAGCAAUUUCUAGUGCAAGCGGUCUAGGACUGACAUCUUCUCAAGCGACCAGCUUGAAUGGAAACAGUUUUGCAAGCUCCAGUUUAGCAUCCACAAACUUUGGAUGUAACGAGUUUGGCGAUGAACAAGAACUGCCUCGGGACUAUUCCUAUCCCGUUCUACCAGCGGAUCCCGUUUCGCUCACUUUGGCGUACAAAAAUCUUUUCCCGCGCGUGCUUUAUAACAAGAAGACGCAAUUCGUGCCGGAAGACAAACUAGCAUUCGGUCAUAGAACAGUCCCGACUGAAUCGUCGUUCGAGAAAAAGACACGGCCGGACGUGCCGGAAGAAAAACUUCAGAUUCUCGACAAGCCUGUUGUUGAGCUGAAGCCGGUGAAUCUGCGUCCCGUCACCGUCGGUGUUUAUAACGAGUACGAAGAGGCCAAGUUAGCGGAACUCGAAGCUAUUGAACGCGAGAAAAUUAGACAGGAAGAACUUUCUCGGCAGUCGCAAGGACACUACAUUACGUACGGAGACUUGGGAUAUGAGCCAAUUAACGGAAUUAAAGUGACCGCGUCAACAGCAUCCCAAGGUGAAAGCUUCGACGAUGACGCAGGUUGCGGUCCGAUAGGACCGGCAAUUGCUGGUUUCGUUCCCGGUAGUGUCGUCAUAAAUCGAGAGUUCGUGGAAACCGAAAACGAAUUCGACGAUGAUCAAAAUAAUGAGGAAGCAUACAACGUUCGAAGUCACCUAGCAAUUGAGACUAGCGACGAGGAAGAUGACGAGGACGAUCCAUCGUCCGGUAUAUUCGCCAGAUUGCAGAGUAUGUCUCGAAAAAGUGCCGGGUGUAAAAGUUUCUAAUUCAAAUUUCUUUUUGAAAAAAAAAAAAACAACUUCUUUCACCGAUAAAAUUAUCGACUGAUCAAGGUGAAUCUCAAUUGUUGUAACAAACGCUCUGCUCGAAUAUCGCGAGUAUUGUACUAGUCCUAUACAUAUAUUGCGUUUGCGUGUGUGACGUUAUUAUAUUGUUAAGAUAUUAUAUAAUAUAGA